AUGAAGGUCACCAAGACAUACCAGCGUUAUGAUCAGGUGCAGCGUUUUGGUGUUGUUGCGAGUGAACAGCCAAAGAUAUCUUAUGUUCGGAUGGGUCAAGGAAUGGACAUUUGUGCAUCUGGUGCCACGCAGUGUGUAAUCAUAUGGAAUCUAAAGACAUGUGAAGCGCUUUGUUUACUUGAAAGAGAUUUGUCUGCCUCAAACGUGUCUUGUCAUUGUUCAUCAUGGAAUGAGUCAUCUAGAGGCUUGAAAGUUGCCGUCGGUUAUGACGACGGAUGGGUUUAUGUACAUCAAGUCAGCACUGUAUCGUGGGACUCAGAACUCGAAUGUCACUUUCGUGCAGGCCGUGGCAGAGUGUCUUCCGUUGAAUUGAAGGAAAAUAUUCUGGUCUGUUCCGCAGAUUCCGAAAUAAACGUUCUAGAUCUUGUAUCUGGCACAGGCUCAAAGCUGAGAGGUCAUAAGGGCCUUAUCACACGCUUGAAACUCCUAAACUUCGGUCCCAUCCUUGUGUCAAGUGCACAAGAUUCGUUCAUCAAGUUCUGGGAUCUGAGGAACAUGCACUGUUUCGCGACUCUUACGGGCCAUCCAGGACCUGUGUGGGAUUUCGCCUUGAGUACUGACGACCGAUUACUAGUGAGUGGGACUGCCGAUUCGCAACUACGGUUAUGGAGGCUGACCUAUUUCGAUCAAGAAGCCUACUUAUCCGAACCUCCCCCAUCAGAGGCCGAACCAACAGAAGCAUCUGGUGAAGAAGUGGUCGUUCCUCUGUCGCAGCGACAGGCUUUGAUUCAAGCUGAGUUUUUGGGAUGUAUUCGUCGAUCCGGUUCACGACGAGUGCACACGUUACUCAUCGACCAAACUGGGACGUUCAUCCUCUGUCAGUCUUUCGAUCGGAACUUGGAGGUAUUCCGUGUGCUCGAUGAGGAAGCAAAGGCGAAACGACUAAGGAAAAAGAUGAAGAAGGCGAGAGACAAAGGUGAAGGUGCACCUUCGAAAGUAUCUCUGGAUAUUUCGGAUAUGAUACGUCCCCUUCUUCGUUUGACACUGCCUGCCAAACCAGCCAGCUGUGAUGUCCAUGUCGCAAAACCGGUUUGGAAGGAUGGUACAAUUGUGGGUACCCGUCUACAGUUUCUGUGCGCUCUGAAAAACAACACCAUUGAUGAAUUGGAGGUUACGAUACCUGUAGCCAGUACGAUGAAGCUCCAAACUAUUUCCGUUGUGAAAUCUAUCCAGACAAAAGGUGUUCGAGUUCGCCUAAUUAACAGAAUUUGUGCUCCUGGCCACCGGACACCCCCUGUUGCUUGUUGCCUAACCGGUGAUGCUUUAGGUGUAUUCACUUUGGCACGCACGGAAGCCAAACUAUGGAAUAGGAAUGCCAACACCAUUGAUGAAUUGGAGGUUACGAUACCUGUAGCCAGUACGAUGAAGCUCCAAACUAUUUCCGUUGUGAAAUCUAUCCAGACAAAAGGUGUUCGAGUUCGCCUAAUUAACAGAAUUUGUGCUCCUGGCCACCGGACACCCCCUGUUGCUUGUUGCCUAACCGGUGAUGCUUUAGGUGUAUUCACUUUGGCACGCACGGAAGCCAAACUAUGGAAUAGACACUCUUCAGCAUGUUUGGCAACACUAACUUGGCCGCGUGCAGGCGCGGAGCACGUUUUGGAAGGCGCUUCCUUAGAGGACAAUGGGUCUAAGCAGGAUUUUCCUACUAGAGCAUCUGCAAUGGUUCUUGCACCGGGGGAUCGGCAUGUAGUUAUAGGUUUUGAGUCAGGACACCUUCUUCUGUUCGACGUGCAGUCCAAGUCGAUGAGACAGAUGAUUCCCCGUGCGCAUGAGGGAGCAGUUCGCGGAUUGAUACUAAGUGGCGACAAGAAAAUGAUAUUUUCUGGUGGCUCAGACAAACAGAUCGGAUUCUACAACUUUGAUCUGAAGAUAUCAGGAAAUGGUACUCCAACCCUGUGUCUCGUUGAGGCCCGCCAACAUCAAUCGGUGGCAGACCAGAUAACGUGUCUGGGUGUCACGCCAAAUGGUCGCCUCAUCAUUGCGGGUUUGGUCAACUUCCAUGUGGAUGUACACUUUUCGGAUUCGCUCAAGCGUGUGCAUUCUCUUUACGGACAUGCCGGGCCGGUGACCAGUUUGGACGUUUCAGCUGACAGUCGUUUGGUAAUCACGGGCAGUGCAGAUAAGACUGUACGUCUGUGGGAGUUGCAAUUUGGCAAUUGUCAACGACGUUUUACGUCACAUGUAGAACCCGUCACUUGUGUACGGUUUAUACCGCAUACGGCUCUCGCGGUUUCUGGUGACAUGAGUGGACAGAUAAAGCAGUGGGACGUGGCCAAAUUGCGCGAGGUGACAACACUCAAGGGUCACCGUGGAUCUGUUACUUGCCUGGAUGCCAUUGCAACUAACGCUGCACUGUUCGCAAAGAGCGCAAAGAACAUUCAGAAGAAGAAGUUUAAGAACAGAAGGGCAGGGAAAGAUGAUAAAACGGAGGCGGAUCUGGAAGACGAAGAUGACUUCGAUGAACUUUCUGGAGGACUUAUUGUUUCUGGUGGUCGCGACUUCAGCAUUCGUAUCUGGGCUGAAUCAGAGGAGCUACUCAUUUUGGAAGAACAAGAAGAAUUGGCUCGUGAAGAAGAAGAGGAUGAGGAACUUGUUAGGUCAGAGGCUGUGAUUCCUGGAGCGAUACCGGCAGAAGCGAGUGAAACCGGUCUUUUGGGACGCCCAACUCCUAACACGAGAGAUGCGGCCGAUAUGCUUAUGGAAGCGAUCGACAUUUGUGAACAAGAAUUUGCCAAAAAACAGCUACCGCCUUCCUGCAAAUCUGUCCCUCCACCUCAUCCUUUGAUGGUGGCUCGUGGAAUCGAUUGUCCCGACCGAUUCUUACUCGCCAGCCUCGCAGAGCUCCGAGCACCGAAUAGUCGUCUAGGUGGGGGAGGGGCUGGCUUGGAGCAUGCUGUCGGUGCGAUCACUACGCAACACGCUCGUCGCCUACUUCCCCGUCUGGCGAACUGGCUUUCUCGAGGUUUGGAAGUCGAACUCGUGGGACGGGCAAUCAGACAUCUGGUCACUUUACAUUUUGGUUUGGUUGUAACCAGUGCAUCAUUACGUGAUAUGUUACAAGAGUCUCGAGAGGCCCGUGUUAAUCAGCUUGGAAAAUUGAAGGAACUCUUCGGAAUGAAUUUGGCAGCCCUCGAGUACCUGAAGUUGAAAAUUGAAGAAAGCCAACAAAAGGUGUUGUUCGAAGAUCUGCUAACGGCACGGGACAAACGUGUUCGGCGCCAGAAAGUUAAACGAAGCCGCAUGGCUCUUAUUCUGCCAGGAUAGCAGUGUGUUAAGACAUCCAGAUUGGUGUACAUAAAAUUGUAUGAUCCUG